UGCCACAGCCUGGAGACACCGGUGUGUCCUUUGGGUCUGCCAUGAACGGGAUUCUGGGUUUCCAGAGUUCCAUUGUUGCUCCUUCCAGGUGAGCUGAGACGCGGCCACUGGCACGACUGAUCCACCCACGGCAUCCUCCAGGAUGGCUUCUGGAUUCCAGGGCACAGAGGGGAAACCCCAUAUUCCAAAGCUGGCCAGAGAGGCAGAGAAGCCUGUAAUGCUGACUCCCUCUGCCUUCCAGAAGCAGAUGUCUCUCACCACCAAGCAGAGGCUGGCCAGCAUUCCACAGAUUAAUCUGCCCCAGAUUGUCCAGCAUCGAGAUAUGAGUGAGACCUCCAAUCACAAGGUCUCAGCAGUUGACCCAGACCAGACCUUGUUUCAUGUUUUCCCAUCAGAGGUGGUAUUUCAGAACUACGUCCCACACGAGGUCUGUGAAAUGCCACUGGUUCUGAGGAACAGGGACAUGGUUCCUCGGCUGGUGAAGGUCACGAUGGAGAGUUCACCUUAUUUCCAGCUGGUUGGCCCCAGCGGUGCGUACCGUAAGGUGCCACCGGGCAUGUGUUCUAAUUUACGCAUCGUCUUCACCCCUGGGGAGAACAAGGAUUAUUUCCACUGUCUUGUCUGCACCACUGAAAGAGAAGAGUUCAUUGUGCCAAUUUGGGCCAUUGGUGCCCGAGCUGUCCUGGACUUCCCUGACCAGCUGGACUUCUCGGUCUGUCCGGUCAAGUACAGCACCGAGAAGACCCUGAUGGUUCGUAACCUUGGUAACAGGGAAGCCCGUUACCAAAUCAGCACCCAGAGCCCCUUCUCUGUCACUCCGACCAUGGGAACUCUUGGCAUUGGUGACAUCCUGCAAGUGACAGUGGAAUUUCACCCUCUGCAGAUCGGGGAUUAUUCUGGAUCCCUGGUAGUGCACUAUGACACAGGUGAAGAUACCCACACAAGCCUUCAUGGGUCAGCUGUGAAUGUCCACAUCAGACUGGACAGGAAUUUUGUGACUGUUGAGAAGACUUACAUCACACUGUCAAACCACAGCACCGUGACCAUCCUCAACCACAGUAAUGUCACAGCCCGCUUCCAGUGGAAGGCUUUUGCCACUCAGGCAGAGGAGGAUCAGCUGAAGCAGAGGUUCUGCCACAGGCUGUGCCAGGAGGAAAAUGCCCAGGCAGAUAAUUUUCUGGAGUGGAGCAGAGCGGACACCACUCGUGGAGAACGCCUUUCCCUGCUCUCCCACAUCUACCAGAACGAGAGGGCAAAGGUGCAAGGAGAUCCCAUGCUGUUCUUUGAUGACAUUUUCACUAUUAAACCGGUGGAGGGAGAGAUCUGGCCAAAUUUUUCAGCUGAAAUCAGCGUGACCUUUAGACCCCGAGAAGCCCGACUCUACGAACGCGUCGUCUACUGCGACAUCUCGGGCCAUGAGACCAGGCUGCCCCUGCGCCUCAUAGGGGAAGGCCUUGGGCCCCGGCUCCGCUUCCUGUUCGAGGAACUGGACAUUGGGAAGGUUUCUGUCAUAUCACUCCACAGAUACAAGGCAGUCCUGGUUAACAAAGGGCCUAUUGAGGGUCUCUUCAGCCUCCUCCCUCCAACUACAGCCGUGGGCUCCUGCUUCACCUUUCUGCCCCAGCAGGGCAUCAUUCCACCAGAUGGGCUUCAAGCCAUCAACAUCUCCUUCCGAACCACCAUCCCAGGGGAGUUCAAGGAAGAAUUCCAGUUCAGUGUCCCUCAAGCCCCCAAGCCUUUGACCUUCACUAUCAGGGGCUAUGUCAUCGGACCGACUUUCCAUUUCAAUGUACGCGCCCUCCACUUCGGUGACGUCUCCUUUGGCUUUCCUCGCACCUUGUCCUGCCGCCUGACCAACACCUCCCUGAUGCCCAUGGCCUUCACCCUCCACAUUCCUGGGGAUGGCUCUGGAGAGCCCAGCCUCACCAGCUCAGAUCAGACAUCCAGCAACACUCACCCAUCCUGGAGAAGGGGAGCUCAGGGUCUCACGAAGCCAAUGGAAUUUACCAUAACACCCUGCAGAGGGACCAUCUGCUCCCAGGCAUUCCAGGAUAUCCAGGUCACCUUGUGUUCCAACACUGUGGGGCCAUACCAGAUGGAGCUGGUGGUGGACGUGGUUGGUGUUGGCAAGAAGGUGUCAGCACUGCCCAUCACAGCCAGAUGUGUCGUUCCUCCCCUGCGAGCGCUCAACCCCAUCAUGACAUUUGGACGGUGCUACCUGAACGUCCCUUACUGGAAGAUGUUGAAGCUUGUGAAUGACAGCGACUUCCCUGGCUGCUACAGGGUUCUUCCUCAGGAACACAAGGAGGAGGAUGCUGUGUGGUACUUCACCCCUCAGCCACGUGGGAUUAUCAAGGCUCACAGCUUAGUGGAGAUCCCAUUUAUACUUAAAACGAAACUGCUGGGAGAGCAUGACACCACUGCUGAUGUUGUCGUGUUUGGGAGUGAAGAUUCCCCACUGAAAAUCCACUUAGAGAGCAUUGGACAGGGGCCGGUUGUCUAUGUAUAUCCAACUGAGAUAAACCUGGGCACUAUCCCGGUCGUUGAAGAUAUUUCCCAAACUCUCCACCUCUCCAAUCAGAGCGUCAUCCCUGCAGUCUUCUGGGCAGAGAUGGCUGGCACGUGCUCACGCUGGAGGAUUGAACCCAGUAAGGGAGUGAUCCCCCCCGAGAGCGAGGUGUCUCUGACUGUCACAGCAAACCUCGAUGACACGGGGAAAUUCGAGGACAAGGUGAAGCUGUUCAUUGAGAACAGUGAAGUGAACAUCAUCCCUGUGCAGGCUGUGGGCGUUGGCACCACAAUUGUCACUGACAAACCUUUCUCUCGGGAGCUCAACUUUAGCCCCCACUUCAGCCUCACUCCCUACUGUUACCAGUUCAAAAUAACAAACAAAGGGCGACACACCCAUCAACUGUUCUGGACCACAGAAGGGUUCAGCGUCGUUCAGCAGCGUCGUGGCCUCGGUACCACCAAGGACAAAAGCACUUCCCAGGUCCCCAGACCUGCCAGCCCCGUGUUCAAGCUGCAGCCGCCGCAGAUGGAGCUGCUGCCGGGCCAGACCAAGGACAUGGUGCUGGAAGGCUUCUCCAGCACCCCCCAGAAGGUGAAGGAGCGGCUGCUGUGUCACGCCAUGGUGGGGAGGGAGAAGAGAAAGAAGCAGAUAAUGCAAGUGGAUGUCAGCUGCGAGUUCGUUUUUCCCCUCGUGCAAAUAUCUUCCAGAGAAAUCGUGUUCCACGUGGAGAAGCGGCCCAGUGAUGUCCUGACUCUCCUAUACAAGCCUCUGUCUUUAAAAAACAACUGCUGCCUGCCACUCAGCAUUGUGCUGGACUUGAAGAAGCCAUUCCUAAUCUGUGAUGUGGACCAGCAGCCCCUCCCCGAAGAUGCUCAGCCCAUAAAACUAGACAAAGGGGAGGAAAUUCAUCUCCACAUCCAAUUUAACCCGGCUUAUGAAAAGGAUUUGUAUAGCUGGGUAGCAGAGAAGACACUGAACAUGGAGUUCAUGGAGCAUCCCCACGAGGAGCAGAUCACCAUUCGGGGAGAAGUCUACUUCCCAAACCUCCAUAUCCAGCCCAAGGCCCUGGACUUUGGCUGCAUCAUAAAUGGCACUGAACAAGUGGAUUUUGUGGCAAUGACCAACUGCAGCCCAAUCCCUGUCCACUACCACUGGUCCUUCCAGACAGACAGCCAGGUGAACACCAUAAGGUUCAACCCUUCACCGCCUAAAUUCAAACCUAAACCACCAAAGAAAGAGAGAAACUCUUUGUUGUCAAGGAGGCAGUUCAGUGCUGAAAGUGUGGAGGAGCCAACUAAAGACCUUGAAGCAGUGCAGGAUCCUGCCCAACAGCCAGCAGGUUCAGAGGACUCUUUGGGAGCAGAGCAGGAUCCUGCCCAACAGCCAGCAGGUUCAGAGGACUCUUUGGGAGCAGAGCAGGAUCCUGCCCAACAGCCAGCAGGUUCAGAGGACUCUUUGGGAGCAGUGCAGGAUCCUGCCCAACAGUCAGCAGGUUCAGAGGAUGUUCUGGGAGCAGUGCAGGAUCCUGCCCAACAGUCAGCAGGUUCAGAGGAAUCCCUGGUAGCAAAGGUACUGCCAUGCACUGCUGUGGAGCCUCUGAGCCUGGAGACCAUGAAGGGAUUGAGGCGAUUCACGGGGGUGGAGAACCUUGCCUUGAGAAUGGAAGAGGUUUUUGAUGUCCAGCCGGUGUCCGGUGUGCUGCAGCCGGGCGAGAGCCAGCGCGUGCUCUUCACCUUCUUUGGCCACCCCAACAUCGUCGCCCGUGUCACGGCGCUGUGCCACGUGGAGGGAGGCCCUACCUACGAGGUGGAGCUGAGUGGGGGGACUUCGGACCUCAGCUACCACCUGGACACCUACGACAUCAACUUUGGGCUGCAGCUGUUUAAUGAAGUCAUCCAAGCAGAAGUCACCCUGCAGAACACCGGGGUGUUUGGAUUCACCUACAAGGUGCUAGACCCCAGCACUGCCAGGGCAGACAGCCCUCUGCCUGGUGAGCCCGUGGUUGUGCCCAGCACGGAUUACAUUGAACCUGGCAAGAAGCGAGUGCUGAAAGUCUAUUACCUGCCAGGAGUAGUAGGAGUCUUCUGCAGCACUCUCCAGAUCCAAGUGGGUCACCUGGAACCAGCAGAAAUCUCCCUGAAAGGAGAGGGAACCUUUCUUAGGAUCUCUGUGGACCUGCCCUGGAUUGUCAAAGGGCAUGCAAAAUUUGAGAAGAUACUGAAAGAGAUAAAAGAAAAUCUGCAAGAAGAGAGGCAGAGCGAUGAAGCAGAUGUUCUGUCAGAGCCUGCAUCUGUGGAGCCACCCAUGGAUGACCCUGGCAUCGAGGAGCAGCAGCAUCCACUUGCCCCAGGAAAUGAGGAGAUACUGAAAGAGACAAUAGAAAAAGAGGAAGAAGAGACUCAGAUCGAUGAAGCAGUUGCUAUCGAGGAGGCGUCCGAGGAAUCAUCUGAGGAAUCAUCUGAGGAGUCAUCUGAGGAGUCAUCUGAGGAGUCAUCCACAGAGUCAUCCACAGAGUCAUCCACAGAGUCAUCCACGGAAUUGUCCACAGAGCCACCUGAGGAGCCAUCCGAGGAGCCACCCGAGGAGCCACCCGAGGAGCCAUCCAAGGAGCCACCUGAGGAGACAUCCAAGGUGCCAUCUGAGAAGCCAUCCAAGGAACCACCUGAGGAGACAUCCAAGGUGCCAUCUCAGAAGCCAUCCAAGGUGCCAUCUCAGAAGCCAUCCAAGGAACCACCUGAGGAGACAUCCAAGGUGCCACCUGAGGAGACAUCCAAGGUGCCAUCUGAGGAGACAUCCAAGGUGCCAUCUGAGGAGACAUCCAAGGUGCCAUCCAUGGCUGCCUGUGACACUGACUCUGACACUGACGACGGCAUCGUGUGGGACACUUGGGUGCAGAGAGAGAUGGAGCAGAUGCUCAUAAAGCAACAUGUCCUGAAGCAGCAGAGAAUUGUAACCUCCCGUCCCCCGGAGCUCAGGGGCUUUGACAAGAACAUUCGUCAGAAGCUUGUCCAGAUUAAGCUGCCCAACUACAUCCUGGACAUGGGCAGAGUCACUCGCGGUGACACUGAGACACACACUGUGGACAUCACCAACACCGGGCCCUUCCCGGUGUCCUUCCAGAUUGAGACACAUGUCCUGCAGGACACAGGUUUCAGUCUGGACCUGGACCAGGUGCAGUGCCUGCCCUACUGCAACACUGAGAGGAUUGAAGUGCUUUUUGACAGUACCAGCUUGCCAGUUGGAGAGGUGGAUGUGCGCCUGCCCAUUAAGGUGCCACAGCUUUUGGGGCAGGCAGUAGUCUGGGCACAGCAGCAAAUGUCACCUGGACCCUCAGCUGAAUUGUCUGUCCUUCUCCAGGUAACAGGAAGCUACACAGUUUACAUCCACCUCUUUGCUACUGUGACUGAGGAUAGCAUCCAGAAAGAAGGGCCCCCUGACCUGAGCAACCCCUCGCCAUUGACGCGCUCUGAGAGACGCAAGAGAUGUGGCGGCCAGAGAUCUAAAUCUGCCUUUAAAAGGAUUUUCCAAGCUGAGAGGCCGGCUAAGGAUGGAGAAAUGAAAUCGGCCUCUAAAGAACCCAAUUAACCAAGAUACGAACAAACUGAGCAAUAAGAAUCUGGAGGACUGGCACUGGCACACCUUCUUUACCAAUAAAGCAGGGAAAACAACA